CGUGUGCCCAUCUGGCUCAAUACGUACUUCUACAAUAUCAUGCAAAGUACUAGGUCAUGAAUCAACCUCUAUCUUGAACUCACCUUCAAGUGACUCCCAAUUAUCAUGUCUACUUGGUAUCCUUCCUGGUUCCCCGGACUUCCGUCGUUCGACUUCUCCUUACCCUCUGCAAUUCAGCGUCGGUUUCUUUCCUUCGUGCUCAAGAAGUCACUCGGACAUCUCCUAAAGCCAGGGCAGCUCGAUCUUCAUCAGAUAGAUUCACAGAUAGGCUCUGGAGUUGUACAAGUAAGGGAUCUUGAACUUGAUGACCAGGCGAUAAAUAAACUUCUUUCCGGAUCACCCUUCAGGCUCUAUGAUGGCUCCAUAUCUUGUGUCACUGCACAAAUACCUUUUCCCAAUCCUCUCUCUUCUAGUGUAGGGCUUUCGGUACAAUCGCUACACCUCACAUUGCAUGCCACCCCUCCAUCCGACGUCGGCUCUUCAAACAGUAUUGAUCUUACGCAAUCUGUUGCCUCAGUAGCGGAAACAUUUAUCCAUGGCGAGCUUAGCCCCCGGGAAGAAGCCACGCUCCGAGAGUCUUUACAUCCAGAUUCCCGGCCACAGCACAUUUAUGAUGAGGGUCAUCACCUUCCCGGAGGACUAGAUUCAUCUACCCGUGUACACCCUAAAGAAGAAAGUGGUAUAGAUUCUGACCCUUCUGGGGUAUCUCUAUUUGCCACCCUCUUCGAACAUCUGCUUGCACGCUUCGAGUUCUCUGCUGUGGACACGAAAAUAGUCGUCGUCCACCCCGGGCACUCAAGCUUUACUCUGUCAAUACCAGAAAUCGCAUAUAGCACGGAAUCGGGUGUCCCAAAGCAGCAAAGUACUGGAGAUGGGUCAUCGAGCAACGUUGCUCUUGAAAGAAGCCCACAGAGUGGUCACAUACGUACAGUUUCGAUAUCAGGUGUCGCUAUUACCUCUCGGGACAUUCGAGCUACUUUACAGCGCCCUGUGGCCUCGCCACGAACCAUGUCGCCUGUGUCGCUUACUUCGUCUCAUGUCACGCUGCACGAUUAUCAGCAGGCUCCUCGUCCGGUGUCACCUGCGUCCUCUUGUUCCUCCAUUGAUGAAGACACGCAGAUGAUGAUGUCGCAGUCCAUUGUUGCUCUUCCACCACGUAACCAGUUUCGGGCUUCCCCGUCUAGCUCAGUUCUCAGUAGCAUGUAUCAGAGCGCGGUCUCUACUACUGGCCGCACUUCUCCAGCCAUCCCCCUUGAACCCCUCGGCAACCUUGAUACGGGAGAUAUGGCUCGACCACGCUCGUGCGAUUACAUAGCAGGCAAUGGAGAGUCCGCUCAUGUACCUCACUGGGCUACAGAAGAUCUUGUUUUUUCUGUCGGUGCAGACCCUAUUGUGGUUCGACUACAAACGCCACCCGGCCACACUAAGCAUGACCUUGCGCACACUUCGAACCCUGAGAUAGUUUCGCCUCCUACGGAGAACAUCGCGGUCAAGCAGGAUGAAACCCUGCGUCUCAGCGUCAGUGUUGGCAUCAUGUCCUGUGCUCUUCGGGCUUGUCAUGUCCGCAUGCUAUUGGAAAUGCUCAAUUACUGUGGAUCCAAGGAUGCUGGUACCACUCCACAACACCCUGAGACUACACCAAGCACACCGACACUCCCGUGCGGCUUGCACGCAAGUCUAAACAUCCGCGGAAUUGUAACCCUCUUCAUCACUGAGGCCCUAGAUCAAGAAGUUCCUUCGCUUGAAGCAUUUUUCCAAUCUCCACUUGUCCCUCCAAGAUUGCCUUCGACAUACUUCCGCGUAUUGUUGGAGAAUAUUGCAGGCUCUCUUGAUUUAUCCGGGGCUCCUGGAAAUCAGACUGAUGCAACACAUGUUUCUCCAAUAACAUCCAACAUGUUCAUCUCAAAUCUCUCGGUCUUCAUGUACCACUCUUCCAGGACUGUCGAUAAGAACGCGGCGCAAGUUUCGCUACCCCUCCUGAUCACAGACCAUCAUCUGCAUAAUCAGUAUAUUGUCAGUCAUUGUCGCCCAUUUUUCUCUUCGACGCCCAUUCCGGCACAGCCGCUUUCUGAAGUAACAUUACCGACUUUUGAGGUCGUUGAUUGGACUUCUGUAAAACUUGCAGGAGGCUCUUCAAAGCUAUCGACCUGGAGAGUGAAGUCACCUACAGGGAGGGAUCAGCUAGUACACAGUCCAAUAUUGAAAUCUUCUGCGUUUCCCACAUCUCCAAAACCACCCACGGUAGCGUUGUCGAAGGAAGAAGAGCUCGAGGAGAUGUCUCUUUCCAGUGCCAUUACCUUCACCGCUCGUGUCACCCCUGUGACCACCCGUUCAGGGGGUUUGACCGACAUCUUACUUCGGAUUGCACCAUUACACGUAUUCUUCGACCUCGACAUCAUGCUGGAGGGCGGCAGUAUACUCAAGUUUCUUGAUGAGAUCCUAGCAGUGGAAGGAUCUCCUAUUCGAAACACUUCCGGUACACCCCAAGGGCAUAGUUCACUGGAUGACACAGAAGAGAGGGAUUCAGCAAGCGAUGAUGAACUCAACUAUCCAUUCAUGACACCAAAGCAACUCGAACGCGAGAGGGAGAGAAGACGCUUGGAAAGACUUGUCCUCGAGGAUCUGGAUUUAGACAUGGACUAUCGGACCGGGGCACCAUCGAGACAGAGACCCCACAUCAAGCGAGCUACAAAUGCCAAACUCAAGUCCAAACCCAAGCAGGUGUCGCGUCUUAAGAUUACCGUCGUCCUACCUGCCCUCCGCGCUGAGGUUCGAUGCAGAUCACCAUCCCUUCAGCUCUCCCGAUCAGGAGGCAUUAUACUGGAUCUCCAUGACGUACGGGUGUCUAAUACACCCCUUGAUCAAGAACCACCGACAAUCAGAUUUGGGGAUGAUGGUGAAUCAAGGCAUCCCAGCGUCAAAAAUUUGCCGGGACAACUCUUGAGUGGCCAAAUCAGAGGGAUUGUUUUAUCGUAUGCGCCAGUAGGAGAUUCAAAAGCCCAUGCUUUCAUAUCACUUGGUUCCUUACCACGAACGGAUGACGUUCGCCCCGGAUCAGCUUCAUUGCUAUUGUCGGAACAGGCGCCGGACUCACUUCCCAUUCACUUUCAACUUACGCAGGUGGCUCCAUCAAAGUCUGCUAUUUCUUCCUCGACACACAGGACUUCAAUCAUCAUUAGCGUCCCAUUGGUCAAUGUCGUCCUUGAAAAACAAAUCUUCGAUGGAUUGCAAAUUUGGGCUGACAGUGUCACACAAGCAGUCACCACUGCUACGGAGGAGACUGAGACUGAAGUUGCUCAGAGCCGCAACCCGAGCCUGAUUGGCAGUAGGUUUUUUGCUAAAUCAAGGCGCGUUGGGAGUCGUGGUAGUGAUGAGAGUAGCUUCGGUACUAUAGCGCCAACGCCGAAACAAAGCGAGACAGCUGUGAAAGUGAUCAUUACUGAAGCUCUAGUAAGAAUACUGACAUCCCGUUCCCAAUCAUUUGCAUCGUCAAUUCGUCCUUUCGACAUAUCUGCCUCAGACAUCGACGUCCUUGUUGAACUAAAACCUGAAGGCAAGGAUGAGACUGUCAUAACCUCAAGCUUGAUGGACCUUCACGUUGGGGAGGUAUCGCCAAAGUGGGAGCUCGUACCUCUCCUCGUGUUGACAUUACCUCGCAGUCUGUCUUCUGUACCAAGACCAAUGGUAAAGGCUCGCUUCACUUCCCUCGUUGUUCCCGAAACUGGUGCAAAGGAGACCAAGAUACGGUUGGCUCUCUGGGGCUUCACUUGCCAUGUUUAUCCUAAUUUGCAGUGGAUUUCCGACUUGGCUCGGUUUAUGAAAGCUCCACCGGGGGUCUUCGAAUCAGUUGUUCCUUCCGAACGAACGUCUCUUUCUUUCGCAAUUGUAGACGUAUCUAUCAAGACGUAUGCCCCUAUCCACCCUGGCUCUGCAGUACUGUACAUUGGCGAAGCCGAACUAAAUACCGAGCUUGCUGGUAAUUCCAGCGAGUUCAAGUUCAAGUUGCUGGUUCCUUCCUUGUCAUUCUUAUUUGUCGAUUCCAUGGCCGAUUCCCCUGACGGUUCAGGUUCUGCCAAAACAAACGGAGGAUCCAGUCUCAACUUGUGGAAGAAUUUCGGAUUUGCAUUGAUUGCAGAUAUCGCAGAUCUGGACUUUGUGUUCAAGACUGAUAACGCAUAUGUCCCCCCAAGUGUUGGCGUACUUGUGAAUCAAGUCAGCCUGCGGGUGCACCUAUGUGCAGACACUAUAGCUGCACUGACAGGUUAUAUGAGUGACUUCACGUCCAUAUUCAAGUCCCCUUCUCCUGCAGAACCAGCAGUGUCUAAGAAGAAAGUUCCCGCUGAACUUAUUCAUCGUCCACCUGAACAAGGCAUGAUGGCAUCUCUCGACGAGCAAGCUUUCAGGCGGAUUCCUGAUGUCGGUAAUGCAGCUGAUAUGAUCAACGAUGAUUUACCGACGAAUCUCGACUACCUGGACGAAUCCUUUGGUUCAGCUGCUGGUCUGCGGGAGCUUAGGGAUGACGACCUAGAAGACUUCGAUAUGCAAGAGGACGGCCGAACAACACCAGUAGUUGGCGAAACGGGAGUCGUUUCCAAAGUAGGAGGAGAAACAAUCCGCAUCAUCAAGCCUAUCCGCUCUAUCGAGCAUUAUUACGACACGAUUCCUGCAGACAACACGGGUGAUUUUGCUAGUCUACGCGAUACUAUUCUCCGAGUGCGCAUCCAUGACUCUGACAUAUCGCUUUUCCUACACGACGGUUAUGAUUGGCCACGCACACGAAAAAUUGUAGAGCAAGAAAUUAAAGACAUGCGCAAGAAGUUGGCCAAGAUUAGGCAGCUGAUCGCAACUGGCCAGACCCAAGACCCCAGCGUGGAAGAGACGAGCACGAUGUUGUUCAACUCAAUUCACAUUGGCCUUGAUCAGGACUUUGACAGUCUUGAUCCGACAGCUCUUGUUGCUGCCAUUGAUGAUGAACUCGAGAACGCGGAAACAGAAAGCCACAGCUCUUGGCAAACCCUUCCUCCAGCAUCACCUGGACAACAACAGAGAAUGCCUUCCGCUCGCAUUCAUGGGCGAAGAUUGACAAGGUCUAAGGGCCCGAGUAUCGAAAUCAAGCUAAUUGGCCUAGAUGCUGAAGUCGAUAAUUAUCGUCAACGUCUGAAAGAUGCACUCGUCUCCAGGACGCUGGUUGUAAUAAAGGAUGCUGAAAUCUUGGAUCACGUCAAAACGUCCACCUGGAGAAAAUUCCUGACCGAACUACGGUCGGACUCUCGAGGCAAUAUUCGUGAGACGGACUCCAGUAUGGUUCGCGUCGAGAUCAAGACUGUCCGGCCGUCUCUUUCCCAUCCAUCUGAGGAAACACGUUUACGCGCUAAACUCCUGCCGUUGCGAUUAUAUGUUGAUCAGGAUGCACUCGACUUUUUGAAGAAAUUUUUUGCCUUCAAGGAUCCCGAUAGUCCGUCCGCACCCGCCGAUACUGCCAGCGAGGAGACAUAUAUUCAGCACGCUGAGGUCUUCCCGAUCGAUCUUAAGCUUGAUUACAAACCUCGACGCGUGGAUUACAGGGCUCUGCGAGAGGGAAAAACGAUCGAGCUUAUGAACUUUUUCCAUUUUGAUGGCGCGGAGAUGACUUUGAGACACCUGACUUUGCAUGGGAUCACGGGUUGGCCCCGGUUUUUCGAUACAUUGAACGACCUCUGGACGCCAGAUGUCAAGGCAACCCAACUUGUGGACGUCAUUUCUGGCGUAGCACCCAUUCGUUCUAUGGUCAAUGUUGGCUCUGGAGUAGCAGACCUCGUUUUGCUACCUAUUGCGCAGUACAAGAAGGAUGGACGUAUCGUCCGCGGUGUGCAGAAGGGUACCAAGGCAUUCGUACAAUCAACUGCAAUGGAGGCUAUCAAGCUUGGAGCUCGGCUGGCAACUGGUACUCAAGUCAUUCUGGAGCAAGCUGAAAACGUGCUCGGAGGCCAGUUCAAGGAUUCGGUUACGGCCGAAACGUUCCACAUACCGUAUGACGAUUCUGGAGAAGGACCGGAUGAAGAAUUGAUCAGUAGAUAUGCCGCCCAGCCCGCUGAUGUCACAGAGGGAGUUCAAUCGGCAUAUCGCAGCUUGCAAAGAAACUUGCAUUCUGCUGCGCAGACCAUACUGGCGGUUCCUAUGGAAGUGUACGAGAAGUCCGGAAACGAAGGUGCGGUCCGGGCUGUGGUGCGAGCUGUGCCAAUUGCAGUCUUGAAGCCCAUGAUUGGCGCUUCGGAAGCCGUCAGCAAAACUUUGAUGGGACUUCAUAAUACCCUGGAUCCGAACGUUCGCCAUGAGAAUGCGGCAAAGUAUAAACAUCGCUAACAUUCUGUUCACGCACUGUAGUAUAUCAUUGUGGUUGUAUUAGGACUUGUAUCUCAUGGUGUACCAUCCCCAUAUCAUUAGCCUGUAUGCGCAAAUCGUUAAUCAUGCUUUUAUGCACUGUUCCUCUGUCAACGGAGUGUUAUUUAACCACAAAUAACUGCGCUGUUAAACAGCAGGAAUUGGAACUGAGAAUAGAUG